AUGGAGAGUUGCAUCGGCCAAUUUACAUAUGUAAACAUUGCAAGCCCUGAGUAUGCUAAAAUUUUAUUAACUCAAUCAGAGGAUGUUGCUCCUAAGACUGAACAGAAUCCUACAAGUAAUUUAUAUAAAUUUUUUGGAAAUGGAUUAUCAUUUUCUAAUGGUGACAUAUGGAGAACUUAUAGGAAAUUAGCAACCCCAGCGUUCAAUAAUGCAUUAUCUCCAGAAAUGGUUGGUGAAACUACAUUAGAUCUUAUUUCCUUCAUUCAACAAAAUUUAAACCGACCAAUUGAUGUAUUCGAAAUUAUGCAACGUACUACAAUUGAAGUGCUUGGAAAAUUGGCUUUUGGAUAUAAAUUUGGCUGUUUAGAAUCUGAAGAAAUUCCUCAUAUUAUAAAAGUUUAUAAAUACAUUACUUCAACUAUUGUAUCUCCUUUUCGUCGCGUAUUUCGAUGGAUAGAAUCUAACAAAAAAUUCAUGAAUGCUAUCGAAAAAUUUGACGAAUUUAUUUUUGAUAUUAUAGAAACAAAGAGAAAUGAAAUUAAGAAAAAUCCUCAUAAAGGUCAUGAUUUAUUAACAAGUAUGUUAGAACUUGGUGAACAGGAAGGAAUUAAUACUGAUGUGAAACAAUUAAGAGAUGAGAUGGUAAACAUUUUUGCCGCAGGCCAUGAUACAACUUCAAUGUCAUUGAGUGUAUCACUUUAUUAUCUUGCAAAAUAUCCAGAAAUGCAAGAAAAGGCACGAGAAGAAGUAAUUAGUGUCCUCGGUAAUUAUCCAAAUACAAUACCAAAUUCGGAUCAAUUAAAGGAAUUGAAAUACGUUAGUGCAAUAGCUAGAGAAUCCUUACGAAUCCAUCCACCGGUACCAAUGAUAACUCUUAGAAAAUUAAAGGAACCAGUCAAGAUUGGUAAACAUAUUUUGCCAAUAAACACCACAGUCAUAGUAAAUGCUUGGCAAAUUCAUCAUAAUCCACAAUAUUGGGAAAAUCCAAAACAAUAUAAUCCUGAAAGAUUCCUAAAUAACGAAAAAAGACAUCCAUUUGCUUGGAUUCCUUUUUCUGCUGGUCCAAGAAAUUGUUUAGGACAAAAUUUUUCUUUAAUGGAACAAAAAGUUAUUAUUUCAAUGUUAUUGCUCAAAUAUAAUUGGACCCUUCCUGAUAAUAGCAUUAAUAAGGACAAAUUGUUAUUAGCACCUCAAUUUUUACUAAGACCUGUCGAUUUAAAACUUAUAUUUACUGAAAGAAUUAAUUGA